AUGACGAGCGCAACAAGAAUGUCUUCCUCUAGCUUUUCUAGUAGUGGUACAUCAGCUUCUCGUUCGCGCGUUCCAUUUAAGCAAUUGGAUCCAGAGCGACAAAAGACCAUCAAGUCGUUCAAAAGAGGAGCGAAACCACGACUUCGUAAAAUGAUUCAGAAUCACUACAAACAAUGGAAGAAAG